UUCAGUUCGAUUUUUCCUUUCACCGCGAUCGGUCCCUAGCUUACACCCUUAGCUCUAGUGGCAAGUUCAAACCAGAAAAAGUUCAUAAUUUGUUCAACCGAAAUCGAAUAAUGGCGGCCGUUCGGAACUCGCGGAUGCCGCCGUACUUGAACGUUAGAUUUUAAAAGUGAUUGAAUCAUCGGGAACUUCCCAAACCAAUAUGAAGUCGAAACUUCGUAAAUGGAAAAACUUUCCACCGAAAUGUGACUUGUUCAAUUGAUGUUACCAGUAUUUCCAUUGUUUUUUCGGGGAUGCUCCACUGUUACAUGAAUUAAUUACGCUUUCGUUACGUUUGUACAAGCCAGCAGUCAGGUGACUCGGAUUAGUGAAUUGACACAACUCUCAGUGGAUAACCUAAAAGUGCACACGCAACGGGUUGGGCUUUGCGACGUGGACCUCGGGGCGCUCUCGGAGAUGUGGCAUGCUGAUAGGUCAGAGCCAGUGUAUGAAUCGUGACCAACAUCAUCAUGAUCGGAAGGUGGAUCUUCGUUCUGAUUCCACUACUUAGUCAAAUGGAGAAAGCGUUCGGAGAAAAAACCUAUAUACACAAUUACGCCAACUAUUCGGAUAUCAGCGAAAUCACACCAAAGCAUCCCGCCGUCAGUUUAUCGCUGACGGACAUUCUGCCCUUGAACCACAAAACCUACGACAAAAACCGGGCACCCAAGCUGCUCGGUCAACCCACGGUCGUCUACUUUCACGUGACGGUUCUCUCGAUAGACUCGAUCAACGAAGAAUCGAUGACCUACGUAGCGGACAUCUUUUUGGCACAAAGCUGGCGCGAUCCUCGGCUGCGGCUGCCGGAGAAUAUGAGCGAAGAGUACCGGAUACUGGACGUCGACUGGCUGCACAACAUCUGGCGGCCGGAUUGCUUCUUCAAGAACGCCAAACAGGUGACGUUCCACGAGAUGAGCAUCCCGAACCACUAUCUGUGGCUGUACCACGACAAGACGCUGCUGUACAUGUCCAAGCUGACGCUGGUGCUGUCCUGUGCGAUGAAGUUCGAAUCGUACCCGCACGAUACGCAGAUCUGUUCGAUGAUGAUCGAAAGUUGUAAGUAUGAUGAUGAGGGAGGGGAGGUAAGAAUUGGUACGGUUGUCGUUGGUUGUCGCUGUCCAGCUCGCAUGGUAAGAAUGGUUUGUUUCAGUUGUUUAGUAAAAAUCAAAAUCUUCCUAUUGUGUCAGUUUAGAGUGCUUGUGUUCCCUUCCCCUCGGCAAAUCCGGAAGGAUUAAUUUGAGCUCCGAAAG